AAAGAGUAGAGAACUGGUCAUGUAAUAAAGAAUGUAAGUUGUGAAGAUGAUUUCUGAACCAGUCAUGUUUUUGAAGUAUAUCUUGAGAGAGUUCUGUGAAACUGUGUUCCUGUGUUCCCCUUUAGGGACCUGGCCAUCGAAAAGAGCACCUGCUUACUGGCCCCUCCCUGAUUCUGGGCCCAGACAACCAGCCAUCACUGUUCCAAGUGAGGAGGGGCAGCAACUCUACAAGCCCAUUAGAUGCUCUUCACAGAGUUGGUGGAACCCCAGAUUGAUGUUUGAAAGGAAGGAAACCCCUGUCUGUAAAGCAAUUGCAGAUCAUUCAACUUUCUGGAGAAAAUCACUCAAGAAAAGGAGUCCUGUCCACCACGUCUACAGCAGAAGUGAUCAGAGGCAGAAGUCAAGGCUGUCCACCUGGAGUUCUGCUCUUCCCUGCCCAGGUGCUGGUGACCUGGGUCAUGAUGGCAAGGGGACUUUCGGGGCAGAAGUGACAGCUAAGCGAAUGCCCAGAAUGAGUAGCAGGCUGGAAUUCCCACUAAGAGAUCCACACUCAGAGCCUUCUUCCUUGUUUUACAGAAGGGCUUUCAGGAGUGAAAAGGUAGGUAAUCAGGUUUUCCUUUCUGAGAGACCUUGAGGAACAAUGUGGGGGAUGAAUUGGUGUCACCUAAGAGGAGGAUGGGACUGUGAGUAGCAGGUGAGAACUGAGGAGUCCACUGAGGCAUCGGCCCUAGGCCGGCUGAAGGGGAGAAAGGUGACAGGGCCUGGUGACAAUGGAAUAGGAAGUGGAUGACAAAAGCUACCAGGAACAAGUCCCAGGUCUCCAGGCUUGGAUAUCUGGAUAAAUGGUAGGGCUGUUUGCUGAACAAGAGGAAACAGGAGGAGUCGUUUCAGGGGCAGAGACGAUGGGAACCGAAGUGGAGUCUGGAAUUCCUAAUGAGGUGGGAAUGCAGGCUCAGAGUGCAGGCAGGCUGGGCAUGGAGCUACACGCCUGGGCGUCAUCAGGGGGGCUGAGGAGCUCUGGGAAGUGAUCUCUUCUUGGAGGUGUCUUUGGGGACUGCUCCUGAGUGUGGUUCCCAGGAGUUCUUAUUCGAAGGCUGUGAGCAGAAACUUCUCAUGGCAUGUCACCUCGUCUAAAUGUCACAGAAAUGGAAAGUGAAACCACUGGGGACAGAUUCAGAAACCAAAACAAAUCUCCUCGACAAGGCUAUUUGGGUAUUGACUUAGUUUCCAUUUGUGCCAAUGUAAUUAAACUACUCUUCCUUUCUUUUACUUGGAAGCUCUUCAUCUGACCACUGGGACUUCCCUCUGGUGGCGGCAACAGCCAUUCCAAGGACUUGCCCCAGAGAUCUCAGAACAGAAGCAACUGCAUUUCCUCUUGAACUGUUAUUUCUCAGCCCCUGGAAUCUUCUUGACAAUCAUCCCACUAACCUCUCGUGGGAAAUUUGGCCGCUGGGCUCCAUAGCAGGCCACUUCUGAACCUUCCACCUGUAUGUUGCACAAGAUGCCCGUUGGCACCCCGCACCACACGGCCACAGACUCUUCCCCCUGGCUUAAGCAUCUAACUGAAAAGGGAUCCUACCCCUCACCAGCUUUUUUUUUUUUUGCAGAAACAUCAGCCCCUGUAUCCUAAAGGGAGUCUCUGGAGAGCUUCAAAUCAAUCCCUGCAUUCUCUGGACAGCUGCUGGUUCUGUGUCUACAGUAGUGUCCAUUUCCUUCACCAAUGACCACUUUUAUAUCAUUAAACUUAUAAUUACAGGGUCUUAACGUUGGGAAAAUGCAUUUUCAACAGAAAUGUUCUCUAGCAUGAACGGACAAGCAGAAUGAGACCUCUUCUGAUAAUAGGCAUAAAACAGCCAUCUCUCACAGGACCUAAAUGUGGUCUACUUUCAUUUUAAUUAAGGCCAAAUAAUCCUCAAGCAAUGUAUACUCUGAAAUAAAAACUUUUAAGCAUCUACUACGUGCCAGGCAUUUUACAUAUCAUAACUCUAACCCUCAGAUACACAUAAAGCAAGUAUUGUGAACUUUGUUUUUCAUAUAAGAAAACAAAUGUGGAGAGAGGUUAAAUUACAGGUAACAAGGCUGAUGCCUAGGAGAGUCCAUCUUGAAAGGUCAGGGCACUUUAAGAAGGAUAGCAUACAUUCAGAAAAAGAGAAGGAUGAAAAAAGAAAGCAAAACAAAAGCCAAAUCAAAAACUAGCAAGAAUUCAGUGCCUAACGGUAAGAGGUUGAUGAAGUUUAUUACAGUGGAACGUCUGCUGAGCUAUUACGCAGUCAGCAAAAAUGCACACCAUGGAAGAACAGGUGUGUGGAUAGCAACACACAUUCCCGAUGUGUUGUUAAGUGGAAGAAAACAGGCUGUAUGAUUUCCAUUUUAUAAACAAAAACAUGGAGACUAUGCACAGAAUAAAUGGCAGAAAAUACACCUAAGAUGUUUUUGUUAGAAAAGAUUCAGUCGACUUUGGAUUUUUCUUUUAUUUGAGUGCCCACAUGUGAGCAUCUAGCAGGAAUUAAAAAAGAAAAAUAAAAGAACAUCAGAGAGCUGAUGAUUAGCAUUUGUGUGUUGGAGGAACGGUGAGGAGGAUCAAUGUUUGACAGCUGGGAAGGAUGGCUGGCUGUGACUCAGACCAUGUCCACGAGGGGCUGUGACUCAUGUGUGAGUCAGGCGGGGCUUUUGGUUUGGGCCCGGGUGUUGUGAGUGGGUGGAGAUCCAUGGGUAGCAAGAAACAUAUUUUCUCAGAAUUGAACAGUUCUGCGGAUGGUGGACUCUUUGAUUCAGCUGUUGACUUCCCUUCUAAAUCCUAUCCGGAUCCCAUUCUCAUCCUUGGAGCUGCAGUAAAUUAGUCUCUAAUGUAACUGAUAGAAAUGUAACUGUAUUUUCAAAGCCAGCCUACUCAUUUAGAGAAACAUCAGCCCCUGUAUCCUAUCCUAAUGUUCAGCUCAGAUGGAGUUUAACUUACAUGCAGGUUAUAAGUUAUAAGGACAGACGAGAUGCCUGUCCCCUGUCAGACCUUUGAUAACUUCCAGCAGCGGUGGAGAGUGAGUGAGUUAUACGACUGAAUUAGAUACAAAUCUUAACCGCAAAUUCUUUCAGUCUUUUGAACACUGAAGCAGUGCUUUUAUGACUUUUUAUGUUCAUGUUUUAAAAUAUUUUGGAGCCACUGGUUAGACCUAAUUUUGUGGCAAGCUUCAUCUUAAAAGUUUAAACAAUCUCUUUUAUGAUUUAAUUUGUGACAAUUUGAAUUUUAAGCAGUGAUUAAAGAGAAAGCAGUGGAUCUACUGAAUUGCACUGAUUCUACGAAGUGUGGUUCUUCACAUUUUGCCAUCUUUAUAUUUAUUUAUUUGACACAGAGUUUUACUUCGUUGCCCUCAGUAGAGUGCUGUGACAUCAGAGCUCACAGCAAUCUCAAACUCCUGACUCAAGGAAUUCUCUUGCCUCAGCCUCCCAAGUAGCUGGGACUACAGGGGCCUGCCACAAUGCCUGGCUAGUUUUAGAGAUGGGGUCUCCCUCUUGCUCAGGCUGGUCUUGAACUCCUGAGCUCAAGCAAUCCAUCCACCUCAGACUCUCAGAGUGCUGGGAUUACAGGCAUGAGCCACCAUGCCCAGCCCAUUUGCCAUCUUUAAAAUCGAGAUGCAUUUCACAGUCACCCCGUCCCCGGCAGCUGGUGACAUGACCACAGUCUCAACUGCAACUCUGCAGCCAACAAACCACGUAAGGGCUCUGAGGAAGGGUGGGCUCUGCUGGCUGCUCAUACCUUCUGACAAAAAGCUCAAGUGUAGAACCUUGCUGCGUGGGGGGCAGUGGCUUAGGAGACUCACAUCUGACAGUGUGAAAGCUGAGCCACUGACAACUCUCAGGGAAAGUAGUUCAGUGGAAAGUUAGACUGUGAAAGUGAAAAACUUUCCGGACUACUUUAACUCAACAUACCUCAUUUUUUUUGCACGCAGUAGAGGCACCUAUGAUGAAAGCAAAUGUCCAAACAAGCCUGAAAGGACUCUUUCAGUAAUCAAAACAGAAAUCCCAAGUGUUAAGGAGUCGUGUGUUACCAAUGGGCAGUUUACAUUUUUAGUGGUACGUAAAAUAUCUGUUUGUUUCUAAUCGAUGGUGUCUGAGAAUGAAUAAAAAUGAUUUAAAAAAAUACUGUAAUAGCAAACCCUAACGCAGCACUGACUCUGGUCCUCGCGCUCACUUCCGAGUGCCUUGCUUGUCUUA